AUGGCUAACUUCGUGAUCCGCCCCGCCACCGCCGCCGACUGCAGUGACAUCCUGCGCCUGAUCAAGGAACUGGCUAAAUACGAAUAUAUGGAAGAACAAGUAAUAAUAACUGAAAAAGAUCUGCUGGAGGAUGGCUUCGGGGAGCAUCCCUUCUACCACUGCCUGGUGGCAGAAGUAUCCAAGGAGCACAUCACUCCGGAAGGACACAGCAUUGUUGGUUUUGCCAUGUACUAUUUUACCUAUGACCCAUGGAUUGGAAAACUCCUGUAUCUUGAGGAUUUCUUCGUAAUGAGUGAUUUUAGAGGCUUUGGGAUAGGAUCAGAAAUUCUGAAGAAUCUAAGCCAGGUUGCGAUGAAAUGUCGCUGCAGCAGCAUGCACUUCCUGGUGGCAGAAUGGAAUAAACCAUCUAUCAACUUCUACAAAAAGAGAGGUGCCUCUGACCUGUCCAGCGAAGAGGGAUGGAGACUUUUCAAGAUCGACAAGGAGUACUUGCUAAAAAUGGCAGCGGAGGAGUGA